ACCAAACCAACGACAAACGACAAAACGACGUUUCGCGACAUCAACGACACAACUGUAUUGUUCUCUUCAACAACAACUGCAUAUCACGACCCUUCUCGGCCCCGUCGCGUCUCUCACUCGUUUCCUCCAGAACCCUCGUAACGCCACUCCCCACGACAAGGCAGGACCCCCCUCCGCUCCCCCAUCUCGCCGCUCUCCCUCCCUCCCCUCCCAUCGCGUCCUUGCGUCCUUGCCACAAUGUACGCUCUCGCCUUUGUUCUCGCGCUGGCACGCGUCGCUUCCGCCGCCAUCACGGUCGAGUCGCCUGGCGCCGACACGAACGUCAAGCCCGGCGACAGGAUCACGGCCGGCUGGCUCCCAGACGACACGGGCAGCUGGACGUCCAUGUCGAUCAACUUCAUGUCGGGUUCCGACGACGACCCGAUCCAGCUGCAGCAGCUCGCGACGGGCAUCGACGCGACCGACCCCAACGCGACGACGUACGGCUUCACCGCGCCCAACGUGGACCCGUACUCGCAGAUCUACUUCCUGCAGUUCACCUCUGGUAACGGCAGCGACUUUGUCGACUCCCCACGAUUCACCAUCUCGUCGCCAGACGGAAACACAACGGCACCGACCAGCCAGGGCACUGACGCCAACGGCAACACGUACAACUGGGGCAACGGUUCGCUGGCACAGGGCACCAACACGACCUCGGCACCAACGGCCGCCUCGAGCACGGCGCAGGGCGGCGUCGGCGGCACGGGUAUCACGCUGUACACGAACAACAUCAACACGGGCACCAACCUGCCCACGGACCAGGCGACCGGUGUCGGCCAGGCGACGGUCAGCGCCAAGAAGCCCGGCAGCGCUGCCACGGCGCUCAUCCCCCCCAACGCCGUCGUGCCGGCUUUCGUGGCGGUCGCGGGUGUCCUCGUCGGUGCCGCUCUGCUCGCGUGAGCGUGUGUGCAAGUACAACUCGCGCCUCGCAACCAGCCCACCCACAUACACGUACGCCCUUCACGUCACGUCAUCAUCCCGGGCCGCGCCGCGCCGCGCCGCAACGCGGACGACCCGGCACGGCACGACACCGCACUCACUUGUCUAUAUCAUUUUUCGUUCUACGAACAUUGGCGUGGCGAUGCACA